AUGCAGUAUUUGAUAGACGUUCCCGGCUUCACGCAUCCUUAUCUCACUACUCUUGCUUUCAUAGCCCACGAUUUUCGGAAACGGGGCCACCGAGUCUCCGAACAUGCAUUCGACUCACGAUACAUAAUCGAAGUCAGGUUCCAAGAACGAAAACGAAAGCUGGCAACCAGUCGACCUAGUAUGACAGAGAUGUGGGCGAAGCAGUUCAUGAGUCAGCGCGCAGGCUACUCCGCCAUUCCCACCGUCCUCUCACAGGAAGACACAAGACUCGACCCGUUCGAUACACCCAGAAUGCGCUUGUACUUGCUAGCCGGUGGACGAUCGUGGAUUCAGUAA